AUGAGCAAAGCAAGAGAAUCUAAAGUCACCCAAGAUUUAGCAGACGAAUCUGAGCGUUAUAUGAGCCCAACUCCUUCCCGAAAUGACGAAAUUUCUGGAUGAAUCUAUAGCUCAGGUGCAAGGUUUCAACUGAAUUUAAAAGAAAUUGCAGAAAGGAGACAUAAAACACCUAAGUUAAUAAAUAAGCUAAAUAUAUCAAAGAAUUCCUCAACAAUUGAUUUUGAGAUCCAAGAACCUGCGUCAAAAAGUGACUAUAGGAUUCAGUCUGCUAUCUCAAAACUCAGGAGAAAGAGUCUUUGUAUAGACCAAGAUGUGGACUAUGAUAAAGCAAUUGACAGUUUUACUAUAGAAAAUAGAAACAACAUAGAAUCGCAUCCAAAUAAAACUCUGGAAAUGAUAAUUAAGGACAGUUUCAAUAAAAGCACUCCUUUUAAGAUUGAAGUGAUAAAGCCUAAGCCACUUGAACGAUACCAAAAAGUUGCUAAUAGCUAUUCUCCUUUUUUGAGACAAAAUUUCUAUGAAAAUGUAUUGUGAAAGAGCGGAAGAAACAGAAGAAAUAAAUCAAUGAAUUUAAACUAUGAAAGCAUCAAUGAGAGGGAAAACUUUUUGAUCAAAGCUAGCAAUUUGACUCCUCAAAAUGAAAAAAUCAAGCAAAAUCAUGACCAUUCUUUUAAGAAGCCAGGUUUAAGGAUCCAUACCAAGAGGGAAAAAAUCCCAUAUAAGCUUGGAUGCAUUGUUGCUCCUUUGAAUUUAUUUUAA